AUGCUGUGGUCUGCGUUCACCUUAGCUUUUUUCGGGUUUUUACGAGUUAGUGAGUUCAGUGCCACAUCAGCUUCAACAUUUGACAAUGAUAGUACCUUUCUCGGCUCAGACGUACAGCUCACAGAUGAUCUUAUCGUCACCAUUAAAGUCUCUAAUACAGACCCGUUUCGCCGUGGCCAAGUCAUCAUCAUUGCACCUACGCAGUCAUCUAUUUGUGCCGUUCGCGUGUUCCGCAACUACAACCCGGCAGCCCUCAAAGCACCAGCAUUCUGCUUCACGAACGGCAAAUUCCUUAUACAUCAAGCUGUAACAUAUCACCUUCAGGAUCUACUCCUUCGAACAGAAGUUCCAAAUGUGUCUAAUUACGCCAGUCACAGCUUCCGCAGUGGUGCAGCAACAACAGCUGCUGAGGCCAACCUCCCUGAAUGGCUGAUAAAAGUUCUGGGACGAUGGUGUAGUGACGCAUAUCAGCUGUACAUUACCACACCAACUGACAUCAUUCGUAAAGUACCAGCAACGCUUGCUCAACAUCGCUGA